UGGAACAAUGGAUCUACACGGGUCAUUGCUACGCUGACUGAUGCAUAUUUAAUACCUCGUGCAUUGCCGUUCUCAGAAUCUCGAGGUCACCGCUCCAUCACCUCAAUAUACUCUGAGCUACAUUCACCACGUACAAUCCUGGAAAAAUGCUGAUCCAUUUAUUUGUCGCAAAUUGUUUGUUUAUCUCCCAAGUCUUGGCUCGAGCCACCUCGUCUUCAAAUGUAUGCAGCUCCAAGCCAGACAGCCGAAUGCCAAAUGGCUCUUGGGACUCUCACCUCCACGUACUGGACCCAGUUCGUUUCCCGCCUAUUCCGGGCUCAUACGAGUUCGGUACAUACACAGCCUGGGAUGCCACUAUCGAAGAAACUCGACUCGGCUGCUCACACAUGGUCCUGAUUCAGCCAUCCGUCUACGGAAAUGACAAUACCUUGCUCAUUGAUACUCUCAAGGCAUUCGGGCCGAACAGAGCCCUCGGUGUUAUUGUGUUUGACGUGGCCAACACAUCAGCUGCACAGCUUCAGGAAUGGAACGAUCUGGGCGUUCGUGGUGUGCGGUUGAACUUUCAGUCGACGGGUGAUGCACCGCCAGCCAAAGAGCUCAGAGAUAUGAUGCAGCGGUAUGCAGAUGCAAUCCGGCCUUUUUCCUGGGUUUUGCAGAUUUAUAUCGCCAUGAAGGAUAUACCAACCAUUGAGCCCGUGAUUCCUACUUUGGGAGUCAAAGUCGUUAUCGACCAUCUCGGCCACCCAGAUAUCCCAAAGCCUAACGGAUCUGGGACUGCUCUCGACCCGCACACUUUGUCUGGAUUCGACUCGAUGUUGCGACUCCUAAAGGGAGGUAACACUUGGGUAAAAGUGUCCGCCGUCUAUCGCCUUUCCCAAGCUCCGGGGCCAUUAUACACUGACCUUGAUCCUAUUAUACUUGAAUUCUCCAAAGCAGCGCCGUCUCGACUCGUGUAUGCCUCAGACUGGCCGCAUACCAGAUUUGAGGGGUUGGAUAUUAAGCCUUGGACCUCACAUCUACUUGACUUGACAGGCGACAGAACAGAGCUGAGGAACAAGCUCUUUCGGGACAAUGCACAAGAGCUGUGGAUUGGUAAUGAAACAGCAUCUAAUUCGGCGAUGCUCUAAGGUAGAAUGUCUAUUCAACAGCGAGAUCUCUCGGGCUUAUAUAUAGCCAAAUAAUCUUCAUAACAAUGGC